AUGAUGGGGUUAUAUUCCAGCGGAGCGCUGGGUGGCGUGGAGGUGCUGGAAGGCGCGGUAGGUGGUCUGGUUGGCGGUGAAUUGGGGCGCGGGCUGGUGGGUGGUGAACUCACCGCUCACGUGCUGAGCGCACAGGCCGCAGCCCACGCCGCUGCUGCCGCUCAUCAACAGCAACAGAUAGCAGUGCAACAAAUCAAAACGUCACCCUCAUCAGGGCGUUCGACUCCAGUGACGAGCACAGCCAAUGGCUCAGCACCAACCUCUACAGGCACCACAUCACCGUCUCCCAGCAAACUCUUCGUGGGCGGUCUUUCGUGGCAGACCAGCUCGGAGAAGCUCAGAGAGUACUUCGCUAUGUUCGGCCCAGUGACCGACGUGCUUAUAAUGAAAGACCCGGUCACGCAGAGAUCGCGCGGCUUCGGUUUUAUCACAUUUCAGGAGGCCUCCUCCGUGGACAAAGUCCUUGCUGUGCCAGUCCACACGCUGGACGGGAAGCGCAUCGACCCGAAGCAUGCCACUCCGAAAUCGGCCCCACGCCCUGCCAAAACGAAGAAAAUCUUUGUAGGCGGCGUCGGCCAGGACACUUCAGCUGAAGAGGUCAGGUCAUACUUCUCACAAUUCGGUCUGGUAGAAGACGCCGUGAUGCUCAUGGACCAGCAGACAAAGCGACAUAGAGGAUUUGGCUUUGUUACCUUCCAUUCCGAGGAGGCGGUUGAACGUGUGUGCGACAUCCACUUCCAUACGAUUAAAAACAAAAAAGUAGAGUGUAAGCGCGCGCAACCGAAAGAAGCGGUCGCAGCAGCGCCUCUAGCUCUCGGGAAGAGACUGGUGUUACGGCCUGGUCGUGGCUUGGUGUACGCCACCGGAGGAGUUGGAGGGGUGUCUGCAGUGGGAGGAGUUUCUGCUGUAGGAGCUCACGCCUACCGGUACGCACCUUAUGCCUUGCCCGUAGGAGCCGUAGGCGCCGUCGGACAAGGCGCUCCUGUAGUGGCGCAGGCUGCUCCCGCUCCUCCGCCAACAUUGCCCCAAUUUGGAGCAGCGUAUUCUCUAGCUGGUGUCGACAUGUCCUCGUUUCAAGGAGUAGACUGGGGAGCGAUGUACGGCCUCCCCAUGUACAUCUAG